GGUCCUGCCCGGCCGGCCAGAAAAAGUAAUUUGGGCUUUUGCUCCCACAAAGCUUAUAAACCACACAAAUACGGAAAGCCAUAUGUGUUAACAUUCAACACAAAACAAAAAAUCUCCUCUCUCUCUCUCAUUUAUUUUCUUCCCCUCAUCAAACUCUUCUCAUUCCACCCACCCAGGUUUGAGGCUUCUCUUCCUUUUAUUCCCUCUGUAAAUAUACAUACAAAGAAUAGGCAAACUCGAUUGGAAUCUAGGGCUGUUUUGUUGUAAUUUAUUGUCUUGGCUGGGUGGGGCGAAGCUUAUUUCUUCGAUUGGGAUGUUCAAUUUGAUGGAAUAUUAGUAAAGUUGGAAUCUUUACAGGUUUGAUUAAUUGAUUGUGUGCUUUCUGUUUUUGGUGGUUGCUGCGUGCAAUUUUCGAUUACCUAGUUUUCAAGAAUUUCCCUAAAUAGCUGGGACAGGAACUUUAUUGAUUUGCGAAGACAAAUAUAGAAAAUUAGGCUGCUGUUAAUUACAAAAAAGAUGGCGGAUUCAAUAGCUGCAACAUCUCUCUUGGGGCACCGACCGAUUUUUAGUAGCUAUAAUUGGAAAUAUGCCGCCGGCAAGCACAACUGCCGGCUGUCUUUUACCAAGUUCGUGGAUAGGAAACAUGCUAUUGUUAUCACACCUUCUGUGCAAAGAUGGCAUGUUAAGGUUAAGCGACCGAUUAGGUCUGUGAUAAAGGCUCAAGCCGCGGAAUUGACUAGAGAGGCACGUUCCUAUCGUGAGGAAGAGCGAAUACCUAGGGGGUUUAGGCCCGGGAUUGACUCUGGUGUGGAUAACCGGCCGGGGCUGUGGCCACCGGAGAACAAGGCUGAUAACCCUGCGCUUAAGAACCCGUUGCUUCGACAUGAGAGGAUGGGUUGUGGUUGGCUAGGUGCUAUAUUUGAGUGGGAAGGGGUGCUGGUUGAAGACAAUCCUGAUCUUGAGAAGCAAGCUUGGUUGACUCUUGCUCAGGAAGAAGGGAAGUCGCCACCACCGGCUUUUAUGCUUAGGCGAAUAGAAGGGAUGAAAAACGAGCAAGCUAUAGCAGAAGUUCUUUGCUGGUCUAGGGAUCCAGGGGUGUUGAAGAGGAUGGGGUCUAGGAAGGAGGAGAUUCACCAAGCUCUGCAGGGCGGUAUCUACAGAUUCCGGUCUGGCUCCCAGGCGUUCUUGAACGUUCUGGUGCACCACAAGGUGCCCGUGGCGCUGGUGUCUACCCGGCCUAGGAAAUCUCUCGAAAGGGCUAUUGCAGUGAUCGGUAUUGAAGGAGUGUUCAGUGUCAUUGUCACUGCUGAGGAUGUCUACAGAGGGAAGCCCGACCCGGAGAUGUUCAUGUACGCAGCGCAGCUCCUGCAGUUCAUACCCGAACGGUGUAUAGUGUUUGGCAACUCGAAUCAGACAGUUGAGGCGGCACAUGAUGCACGGAUGAAAUGUGUUGCUGUUGCCAGCAAGCACCCCGUGUACGAGCUUGGAGCGGCUGACCUGGUAGUCCGGCACCUUGAUGAGCUCACGGUGGUCGACUUGAAGAACCUUGCUGAUAUCGAGGCAGGGGAGCUCGAGCCGGAGCUGGAGAUGGAGGUCGAGGCUGAAGACGAGCCUCCGUCCACAUCAGUAGGUGUGUAUGAUGGUUUCUGGUGAUAUUUAUUUCCAAAAUGUACAGGAUGUUCUAUAGUUCUUGGCCAUGUACACCUACUUUAUCGUGUUCUAGAUCUGCAAAGGGAAAAAUGUCUAGAAAUGCAGAAGGUAGUCUACAUUGGAUUACCAUGUGGCUUAUCAUGUAUGUAGUUUGUUUAUAAUUAAUAAUAUAUGCCUUUUACACUA